AUAAAAGUCACACCUAUUCGCCGAAAAGUGCAUCAGUUGUGUGGCGUACGUCUUCAUCUAAUCCUCCAAACACCAUGGCCGUAUCGUUCGUUCGUUCGCUUUUCCUGUUGACGGUGGCGACCACGUUGUCCACCGUUACGGAGGCAGGACUAGCGUCAACCUAUCUAGCGGCACCAGUAGCAGUCCCGGUAGCUGCGGCCUACACCGUCCCGGCCCAAGGUGUUCUAAGAACAGCCUACAGUCAGGUCGUUGGACGUAGCUAUGCACCUUCGUUCGUUCCGGUGGCAUCAUCGCUCGCCUACGCAGCAGCUCCCGUGGCUGCUCCUGUUGUAAAAGCCGUCCCAACGGUGUAUGCUGCCCCUCCUCAGCUUGUUGCCGGUCCCGUGUUGAAGACGGUUCGUCCUUAUGCUGUUGAAACUCCUCUAGCCUAUGCUGCACCAGCCGUUGCUGCCGUUGCUCCAGCUGUCCGAGCUGCUGCAGUUCCUGCACCAUUCUUCACUCCAUCAGUGGUGUCCACUCGGCUUGCUCCACUACCAGCCGUUGGUGUAGCUCCAGCACUUUCACCAGCCCUUGCUUCAGCUCCAGCCCCAUCACUUCCAGGAGUCAUUGAUGCUCGCAGUGCUAUGCCAGCUCCAGCUGCCGCACCAGCCCCGCUACAACGGUCCUUUGUAACGGCGUUUGGAUCUCAGGCCGGAAUUCGGCUCGUUGCCGGUGGGUCAGCUUUUGAAGGUGCGCCCACAAAUGUUGAGAUUGCACGUGCUGCUCCCGGUGGACAGGAGGAGGCAGUUCAGCAAGGACGCUCGGCCAAUCCCGCUGCUGCUGCUCAAGCUCCUGCAGCACCCGAGAACUUUGGUGUGCAGCAGCAAACACCUUUCAACGAGUAUGGAUUGCCGGUGGCGGCUGGUGCACGGGUGAACCCUUGAAGUCAUAGCCGAAUCUAUUUAGCUCUGAAAAUUGACACAAAAAUAGCUGAAAUAACUAGAAUAAAUUGAAUGCAUUUAGUUUCAAACAUUAA